UCUGUUGAUGAACUUCUGGCCAAUGAUUGACUGCCUAUUGUUGAUUGACGUCAGUCCAGAUAUGCUGUUAACGUAGUGGUUGCUGAUGUAUUUUGGUAGUCUGUUAGCCAUUUUUGUUGCCAAUUCAUCUGCUAUAGGACAGGAAGCGAGGAAAGGAAGCAUUAAUUGUUUAGAAAAAAUAAUUAUGACCAAUGACAUCUCGGUAACUGCAUGUGAGUUACCACCUUAUUCAUCGCCAUUGGACAACAUUAACUCUUUAAUCGUUGAUUGGACAACAUCGUUGCAACGCUUUUUCAAGCUUUUAAUUUUAUUGCGGAUGUUUUGGUUCCAAUCGAAAAAAAAUCAGAAACGGGUGUAAUUUAGCUAGUUGACUCAAGCCGAGCAGCUAAAUAACCAGGAAUAUCAUGAAGAGAGUCACUCUGUUUGUCAACGGAACGUCUUCCAAUGGCAAGGUUGUGGCUCUGUAUGGAUCGCUGACAGACCUGCUGUCCGUCGCUAGCAGUAAACUGGGAAUCCGAGCCUCCAGCGUUUAUAACGGGACAGGCGGUCUUAUAGACGACAUAACGCUUAUAAGGGAUGAUGACGUGCUGUAUGUGUCUGAGGGCGAUGCCUUUGAUGAUGCGAGUAAGACAAAGUGUGCAGACCCCCAGGAUGACCCUGAUUGUCCAGACUGGUUCCAAACUCACACUGAUUGGCUGAUGCUCAACGUUGGGGGUUGCUGCUUCACCACCACACGGAGCACUCUGGUCAGUAAAGAACCAGCGAGCAUGCUGGCCCACAUGUUCCGAGACAAAGAUGUGUGGGGUAAUAAACAGGACUCCCAGGGUGCCUACCUGAUAGACAGGAGUCCAGGCUACUUUGAACCAAUCCUCAACUACCUGAGACACGGCCAACUCAUCAUCAAUGACGGCAUCAACCCACUGGGGGUCCUGGAGGAAGCUCGGUUCUUCGGCAUUGAGCAGCUGGCUGAGAAACUGGAGAACCUGAUCAAGAGUUCCCAGCCUGCUGAUGACCACUCCCCUCUAACCAGGAAGGAGUUUGUACGUUUCCUGUUGGCCACACCCACCAAGUCAGAGCUGCGCUGUCAGGGUCUGAACUUCAGCGGUGCAGACCUGUCUCGCCUGGAUCUGCGCUACAUCAACUUUAAGAUGGCCAACCUGAGAGCUGCCAACCUCACUCAUGCCAACCUCAGUGGUGCCAACCUGGAGCGGGCAGACCUGUCCUCAGCCUGCCUUGACGGAGCUAACCUACAGGGUGUUAAGAUGCUGUGUUCUAAUGCGGAGGGUGCAUCUCUGAAAGGCUGUAACUUUGAGGACCCUGCUGGAGUCAAAGCCAACAUGGAGGGUGCCAACCUAAAGGGGGUGGACAUGGAGGGUAGUCAGAUGACGGGUAUCAACCUGCGAGUUGCCACACUGAAGAACGCCAAGCUGAAAAACUGCAACCUGAGAGGAGCUACACUGGCUGGCACAGACCUGGAGCUCCCUCCCUCUCUUUCUCCCCCUCUCUCUCAGAACUGUGACCUGUCUGGAUGUGAUCUACAGGAAGCUAACCUUCGGGGCUCCAACGUGAAGGGAGCCAUCUUUGAAGAGAUGCUGACUCCACUGCACAUGUCUCAGAGUGUACGAUAACCCCACUGCACAUGUCUCAGAGUGUACGAUAACCCCACUGCACAUGUCUCAGAGUGUACGAUAACCCCACUGCACAUGUCUCAGCGAGUGCGAUAAACCCACUGCACAUGUCUCAGCGCGUGCGGUAACCCCACUGCACAUGUCUCAGCGCGUGCGGUAACCCCACUGCACAUGUCUCAGCGCGUGCGGUAACCCCACUGCACAUGUCUCAGCGCGUGCGAUAACCCCACUGCACAUGUCUCAGCGCGUGCGAUAACCCCACUGCACAUGUCUCAGCGCGUGCGAUAACCCCACUGCACAUGUCUCAGCGCGUGCGAUAACCCCACUGCACAUGUCUCAGCGCGUGCGAUAACCCCACUGCACAUGUCUCAGCGCGUGCGAUAACCCCACUGCACAUGUCUCAGCGCGUGCGAUAACCCCACUGCACAUGUCUCAGCGCGUGCGAUAACCCCACUGCACAUGUCUCAGCGCGUGCGAUAACCCCACUGCACAUGUCUCAGCGCGUGCAGUGGGGUUAUCGCACAUGUCUCAGCGCGUGCUAUUCCUCCACUGAACCCCACACAAACAUACACUCCUGGUCCUUAAGUCAUUCCUCCCAAGCCCCUGUGUAGCUCACCACUGAUUUUCUCUUCUCAGAAGAGACUAGUUGCCCAAUACUAUAACAACCCUUAGUAGUCACUUAGCUACCUGAGGGCAGUGUUUGUUCCUCUGACAUGAGUGAAUAUGAAAUGAGACCCAGGAAUGUUUUAGUUCUGGUACACAUGUUUUUUUGUAUAUGGCGUAAAAGGUUCUACAUGUUUGUAAAAUAAUACAUGUAUUUUGAAGGCCAACUUCCGCAACAACAAACAGUGUGAGGCUAAACUUCUGGCUGUUUUGGUCUCGCAGCUAUCACGUUGCAGCAGUGUGAAAUGCACCCAUGCACAUGCGCUUGUCUGCAAUAUCUGAGGUUCAUGGCAAAAGUUAUAUGGCUGAGUCUCACUUUAAUGGGUCCACAUGUACAUUAUCCUACAUGGACUAUCUUCUCCAUGCCAGGGGUUGGAUUUCCAUCACAUGGUGCUACACUUUAUCAUUGUGAAAAGUUGUUCUAUUUUUGUAUCACACUAUCACUGUAUAAUUACUGUCUUAUGUCUUUUGCAAUAAACUUUUAAUAAACAUGUGCAACUUUUAACUUCC